GUUGUUCUUGUGCGGGAGCCUGACAGCGAGGUCUACAUGCAGAUGCGUGCGAGCAGGAACCAGUGAGACCAGAUGCGCCGCAGGGCUUGCUGGUUUCCCGAUCCGGCUGAAGCGACCGAGAAUCAAGGGCAUCAAGAACAUGCCGGAUUGGACGGAAUCUGCUGGGAGGGACGGGAGAGCCGCAGCAUGGCCGAUAGCUGACGAUCAGGGUGGACGCUGAUCGGAACAGGGGUGCUAUGAGCUCGUCUGGUCGCGGGGGUCGUAGAUGGGUGUGGUGGUGGUGGUGGUGGGUGGUACAACAACGAGGAUUGCCGGGUGCCGGAGGCACGGCUAGGCAGGAACGUAAGGGCGCCGAGGACGAAACGGCCAGCUGCCAGACGGGCCAAAGGGGGUCUGAGGAGCCGAUCACCAGCACGGGCUGUCAAGGAAGAGGUCAAUGCAGAGGUUCCUCCAGGUUCGAGCAACUUGGCGGGCCGGAUGGUCUGAGUCCGAGGCGAGACAUUGGACACUCGCAGUCGAUGGCUGGGAGAGGCGCAAGUGGGGGCUUGCCUGAUGGGCAGCGCAGAGCCUCAGCUGGGAGGACCGAGACGGCACAGCGAGCACGCCAUGUCUCGACUUGAUAGCAUCGCCUGCGGGCAAGCUGCAGCCAAGGAUUCGGUGCUGGACCUUCCUCGGCGUGGCUCGAAAGACUGGCUCGAGACG